AUGGAACAAGUUCCUCAGAAAAAGUUGGAGCAAACACCAACUUGGGCUGUUGCUGUUGUGUGCUUUGUGAUGCUUACUAUUUCAAUCAUCAUUGAACAUGGCAUUGAAGGUAUUGGAAAGUGGUUAAAAAAGAAACACAAAAAGGCUCUUCAUGAAGCGCUCGAAAAGGUCAAAGGAGAGCUUAUGCUGCUUGGAUUCAUAUCCUUGCUCCUAACAGUGUUUCAAGAUCACAUUUCUGAUAUCUGCAUAUCAAAACAAGUUGCAUCCACUUGGCAUCCUUGUAAUCCGAAUGUCAAGAGUAAAGAUCCAAAAGGAUAUUUUGACAAAUGCGCAGAAAAAGGCAAAGACAAAGUUGCUUUUGUGUCUGAAUAUGGGAUUCACCAGCUCCAUAUAUUCAUCUUUGUGCUUGCUAUUUUUCAUAUCCUACAAUGCAUCAUAACACUAACUUUGGGUAGAACUAAGAUGGCAAAGUGGAAGGCGUGGGAAGAUGAAACAAAGACCGAUGAACAUCAGUUCUACAAUGAUCCUGAGAGGUUCAGGUUUGCAAGGGAUACAACGUUUGGAAGAAGACACUUGAACUCAUGGAGUCGAUCACUAAUUUCCUUAUGGAUAGUUAGCUUUUUCAGACAAUUCUAUGGAUCAGUUGAUAAAGUUGACUAUAAGGCAUUACGGCAUGGAUUUAUUGUGGCCCAUUUGGCACCGGAAAGUGAAGCAAAAUUUGAUUUCCAAAAGUAUAUCAGUAGAUCACUUGAAGAGGAUUUUAAAGUUGUGGUGGGAAUAAGUCCAACCAUAUGGUUCUUUGCGGUGCUAACCCUGCUCACAAAUACUAAUGGGUGGUAUCCUUAUUUUUGGCUUCCAUUUAUCCCAUUAAUUAUAAUCUUAUUGGUGGGUGCUAAGCUACAAAUGAUCAUAACAAAGAUGGGACUGAAGAUUCAAGAAAGAGGGGACGUGGUCAAGGGUGCACCUUUGGUUGAGCCUGGUGAUGACCUGUUCUGGUUCAGUCGCCCUCGCCUUGUUCUCUUUUUGAUUCAUCUUGUUCUCUUUCAGAAUGCAUUUCAACUGGCAUUUUUUGCUUGGAGCACAUAUGAUAAUGGGUUCAGCAUAAAUUCUUGCUUCCACCGAACUACUGCAGAUAUUGUCAUUAGACUUACAAUGGGGGUUGUCACUCAAGUUCUGUGCAGCUAUGUGACUCUGCCUCUUUAUGCUCUAGUCACACAGAUGGGUUCAACCAUGAAACCCACCAUUUUCAAUGACAAGGUAGCAGCAGCACUAAAGAACUGGCACCACACAGCUAGAAAGCAUGUGAGACACAACAAGGAUACAAAUUCAAAUUCUAACACACCAUUCUCAAGCAGGCCAGCAACACCAACACAUGACAUGUCACCAGUUCACCUACUUCACAAGCACACUGGUCACAGUGAUAGUCCACUAGCUUCUCCAAGGGCAUCAUCAUCAUUCAAUCAUGGAAAUGAACUGUGGGAUGUUGAAGGGUCAUCUUCCCAUAGCAACCAUGCAAGAGGUCAUGAAGAGACCCUGGAGAUGCAUGCUCUGGAGCCACCUACGACAGAAUUUCCUCCUUCUGGACUACAUCCUAUUCGAGCUCAACAUGAAAUCAGCAUUAGUUUAUCAGAAUUUUCAUUUAGCCAUGGGAAGGCACACACUAGUAGAGAUUAG